AGGUUGGUCCCAGGAUGUAGACAUGUCCGCAUGGAUCAUGUUGACAUCGUUAUACCUGCGAAAUCUGUUUGGAUUUAUACGUGUCCCGGGGCUCCAAUGACAUAAGAAGAAUACAGCCCGGCUGGAGAUGGAGGGGCCCAUGGAGCACAGACUGUGUGGGAAGUGCACACUCGACUGGGGCUUGCACAACUACAAGAUGAGGGAUAUAUUCACAUGGCGGCUGCUGAAGACCAUUGCCAUGGGCCAGGUGCUGUCUCUGCUCAUUUGUGGCACUGCGGUGAGUUGUCAGUACUUGGCCGAUGAGAAGGUGGAAACUCCCAUGCUUCAGAGCUUCCUCAACUACACAUUACUGCUGCUGGUCUACACCACGUUCCUCGGGACACGCAGAGGUGACAAAAACCUGUUCCAUGUGUUAAGAUCUAACUGGUGGAAGUACUUGGUGAUGGGGCUGGCUGAUGUGGAGGCCAACUACACUGUGGUCAAAGCCUACCAGUUCACUACUCUAACCAGUAUCCAGCUCUUGGACUGCUUUGUGAUCCCUGUGCUCAUGCUGCUCUCUUGGUUCCUCCUGAAGACGCGCUACAGGCCUGUGCACUUUGUCGCGGUGCUGGUGUGUCUGUUAGGGGUGGGGGCCAUGGUGGGGGCCGACAUACUGGCUGGAAGGGACCAAGGAUCAACUGAAGACGUGCUGCUGGGAGAUGGCCUGGUGCUGCUCAGCGCGGCUCUGUACGCAGUGUCAAACGUGUGUCAGGAGCACACGGUGAAGACCCUCAGCACGGUGGAGUUCCUAGGGAUGAUGGGGCUCUUCGGGACCGUCAUUAGCGGCAUUCAGCUAGCUGCACUAGAGACUGGAGCAGUGGCAGCUGUCACAUGGAACCUCCACAUUGUGCUCCUGUUCGGGCUGUAUGCCCUUUGCAUGUUUGCUCUGUACAGCUUCAUGCCUGUGGUGGUAAAGCUGACCAGUGCCACAGCGGUCAACCUGUCCUUGCUCACCGCCGACCUCUUCAGCCUCUUCUGUGGACUCUUCCUCUUCCACUACACGUUCUCUGCCCUGUACAUUGUGUCCUUCGUCAUCAUCAUCGUGGGCUUUGUCAUGUUCAACGUGGUGCCCACCUACAGUGCUCUGACCGAGGGAGGCUCUGACAGAGAGUUCCAGGGCUGCCCCACAGACCAAGGGCCCCACACAGACCAGGGGCCUCCAGGGGGAUCCACACACCAGCUGCUACCACCUGACACACCUGACCACGGCAUUGCUGUAGCUGUUCUAUGACCAAGGCCAAACAAGAGGCAGCUGGAUAAAUGUACUGUAUUCUGCAGAGGUGGGUAGAGUAGCCAAAAAUUGUACUCAAGUAAGAGUAACGUUACUUCAAAAUAAGUACUCAAGUAGAAGUACAAAAUAGUGGGCCAAGAAGGUAUUCAGUAAGAAAGUAUUUGGGAAAAGUACUAUUUAAGUGAGAGUGAUUUAAAGAGUAACAAGUAACUGUCAGAUUGUGAUUUUAUUUAUUUAUUAAGACCGACAAAAAAUAUGAAAAAAUACAUUACAUCUGAGAGGUGCAAGAAACACAAAUGUUCGAAUAAUUUUAUUUUGUCAACAUAAAGUUUUUGUAAAAGUUUGCUGCUAGAAAAAUUCUCUGAAAGGUACAAUUACUAGUAGUUACUAGUAAAGGCCCACCUCUGGUAUUUUGUUACAUUCAUCAAUCAACGUUACCAAAACAUUGCCAUGGUUACAAAAUGUUUAUAUUUUUUUAGUUAGACUUUAUUUUAUUAGCAUAAGAAAACAGUGGCUGUUACUGUAUGCUGUACCUUUAAAUUAUUUUGGCAUCAAAUCUACUCCAUAUCUAGUUAUUACUACGGCAUUUAUACAUUGUGAUUUUUUCCAUUUUUAACACAUUUUUCUUUUGCUGCCAAAUACAAAGAGAAUUGCUUUUGGUGUAAAAAUGUUUACAUGCAAUGGGACUUUUUACUGAUUAAAUUUUUAUACUUGU